UCCUCCUCCCCUUUCCCUUCUUCCUUCUCUCUUCUCCGUCUUCUUCCUUCUCUUCUUUUCCUCUCCUCUCAUCAGAAAAGCUUCCAUUUCUGUGUUGCUUCCUUUUUUUUAUACAACCAUUAAAGUACUCCUGAAACCUUAAAACCAAAAAGAAAAGAAAACAACCCAAACUACAGGUGAGCAAGAGGGCUGGAAAGGAAACCAUGUAUCCAUCCAUCCAUCCAAGCAAUGGCAGAUCCGUAGGUGAAAACUUGGGGUCUCCAAGAACAACAAGUAGUGGGCAUUACUGUAAGCGAGAGAGCUAGGUAAAAGGGUAGACUCUACGAAGAAAGCAGGCAAAGAUUAUCAAUGCCAUAAUAUAGUUUAUUCUUGUUAUUACACUUGUCGUUGUGAAGAAAUGGUGAAGGGUAUCUUAGAGUGAGAGAGAGAGAGAGAGGGCAAAAGUCAGCUCUCUGUGGUGUGGUCUACCCUUUUUACCUAUUUUUCCUGCCCCCAAUAGAAUCUUGGAAAUACCCGACCCGUUUCAGUAUAUAAAAGGUAAGGACAGAAACCCAAACUCAAGAAAAAAAAAAGGGUUACUAAGCCCUAGGGUUCCUGGUGUUGGGGGGCGUCCGCAAUAUGCCCGCCGGAGUAAUGAUUCCGGCGAGAAACAUGCCAUCGGCGGCGGCCAUACUGAGAAACGGCGGUACAAGUAGCAGUGGCAGCCUUGGUAUUGGUGUUGGUGGCGGAUUUGGUUCAUCUACUCUUCCAAUACUAGGCCAGCCGGGCAUGAUGGACGGAAUGGGAGGGCUUCAGUAUCACCACCUCGACAUGAUGACUCAGCAGCCCACGCCGGAGAGUGACAUCCCCGCCGGCGCCGGCGGAGAGUUCGACGUCAGCGGCGGCAGCGACAACCAGCUGGAAGGCGUGGGGUCCGGCGAUGAUCAAGAGCAGCAGGACCAGCAGCGGCCCAAUAAGAAGAAGCGGUACCACCGCCACACCCAGCACCAGAUCCAGGAAUUGGAAGCUUUUUUCAAGGAAUGUCCACACCCAGACGACAAGCAGAGGAAGGAGCUGAGCAGGGAGUUAGGGUUGGAGCCACUGCAAGUCAAGUUCUGGUUCCAAAACAAGCGUACCCAAAUGAAGACACAACACGAGCGAGUAGAGAACUCCCAACUGAGAGCGGAGAACGACAAGCUGCGAGCGGACAACAUGAGGUACAGAGAAGCACUUAGCAACACGUCAUGCCCCAACUGCGGCGGGCCUACCGCCAUCGGAGAAAUGUCCUUCGACGAACACCAUUUGAGGCUCGAGAAUGCCAGACUCAGAGAGGAGAUUGAUCGCAUAUCGGGCAUAGCCGCAAAGUACGUGGGGAAGCCAGUGAUGAACUACCCGCUCAUGUCCUCGCCCAUGGCGACACGUCAGCUCGAGCUCGGCGUCGGCAACUUUGGAGGUUCACCACCAGUAGACAUGUACACGGGCGGCGGAGGAGGAGGAGGAGGAGCGGCUGGGGACUUGCUGAGAGCGAUAGGCGCGCCGCCAACGUCGGAAGCCGAUAAGCCGAUGAUCGUCGAGCUGGCGGUUGCGGCCAUGGAGGAGAUGGUGAGGAUGGCUCAGAUCGGCGAGCCCUUGUGGAUCGUGGACGGCCCGAAUCUGGUGCUGAACGAGGAGGAGUACCACAGGAGUUUCCCUCGCGGGAUUGGGCCCAAGCCCAGUGGGUUCAAGUGCGAGGCCUCCAGGGAGACUGCGGUUGUCAUCAUGAACCACGUCAGCCUCGUUGAGUAUCUCAUGGACGUGAAUCAAUGGUCUGGUUUGUUCUCUGGAAUAAUCUCAAGGGCGAUGACAUUGGAAGUGUUGUCCACUGGCGUUGCAGGGAACUACGACGGCGCACUGCAAGUGAUGACGGCUGAAUUUCAACUCCCAACUCCACUGGUCCCAACCCGUGAGAGCUACUUCGCCAGAUACUGUAAGCAGCACGCCGACGGGACGUGGGCGGUGGUCGACGUUUCCUUGGACGACCUACGACCGAGCCCGGUGGCCGACCGGUGCCGGAGAAGGCCCUCGGGUUGUUUGAUCCAAGAAAUGCCCAACGGUUACUCCAAGGUGACGUGGGUUGAGCACGUGGAAGUGGACAACCGGGGAGUUCACGAUCUAUACCAACAGGUAGUGGACUCCGGCCACGCCUUCGGGGCAAAACGGUGGGUGGUAACCCUAGACCGGCAGUGCGAGCGGCUCGCCAGCGCCAUGGCUACCAACAUCCCAACCAAUGACGUCGGCGUGAUAACGAAUCAAGAAGGGAGGAAGAGCAUGAUGAAGCUGGCGGAGAGGAUGGUGGUGAGCUUCUGCGCGGGCGUUAGCGCCUCCACUGCUCACACGUGGACGACACUAUCCGGGACCGGAGCCGACGACGUCCGAGUCAUGACCCGGAAGAGCGUCGACGAUCCCGGGAGGCCGCCGGGGAUCGUCCUCAGCGCCGCCACUUCCUUCUGGCUCCCUGUCCCUCCCAAAAGGGUGUUUGACUUUCUUCGCGACGAAAACUCUCGUAGCGAGUGGGACAUUCUGUCGAACGGUGGGAUUGUACAAGAAAUGGCUCACAUUGCCAACGGCCGUGACACCGGCAAUUGCGUCUCUCUUCUUCGUGUCAACAAUGCGAAUUCGAGCCAGGGGAACAUGUUGAUACUGCAAGAGAGCUGCACGGACCCGACGGCGUCGUUUGUGAUCUACGCGCCGGUGGACAUAGUGGCGAUGAACGUGGUACUCAACGGCGGGGAUCCGGACUACGUGGCUCUGCUCCCGUCAGGGUUUGCCAUUCUGCCUGACGGUGGCGCGGGGGCUGGAGAAUCCGACGGCGUGGCUGCUGGUGGAGGUUCUCUGCUGACUGUGGCGUUUCAGAUAUUGGUGGAUUCCGUUCCGACGGCGAAGCUUUCUCUUGGUUCGGUUGCUACCGUGAACAAUCUCAUUGCUUGCACCGUCGAGAGGAUCAAGGCUGCUUUGUCUUGCGACAAUGCUGCGGCCUGAGCUGAUAUUUUCAAGGUAAUUGUGGCUUUCGAUGGCAAAAUUUUCACAAAGGGAGAGAAUUGGAUGGGAAAGGAGAAGUCAAGAGCGCACCUUUUUACAUGAUCCUCUAUAAUUGUGUUCAUGGGAAAUUUUGCCAAAUUGAGCCACCAGAAUUGGCAAAAUUUCUCAUGAGCGCUAGUUUAUAACAGGGUUAGAGGUUCGGGAAUUGACUUCCAAGGAAGAAGAUUUGAUUUGUUGUUUCUAGAGAAGCUUGAUUUAUAUUUUAAGUAAAUCUAAGAUGGAAACUCCCUAGUUCUCUCUUUCUCUCUUCGUUGUAGUUUACCUUCCAAAUUUUAAUCAUAACAAUGUAGUUUUCAGUGUUCUGAUGGAAAGCAGGACUAUGAGGGUCCGGGUUUUGUUCGUUCUUCUUUUACCAAAC